AACUCAGGUUCUGUUUUCAGGUUCUGCUUUUUUUAAGCACUCGGCACCAUCACGAUUCUUGAACCAUGACCCUUUGAAUAAUCCUCGUCGCCGAUGAGAUAUUGAGCAUAUCAAGCCAGAUUUCUGCACCUGAGCAGGACUGGAGCUAGGGUUUUUGGGCCCAACACCCUGCUCUGAUCCUUGGCACAGGAAGGACGCGGAGGUGGCUGAACUUUACCCGGUAAAGUUGAGGGUGAGACUAAGGUGAAGACUAAGAUAUUCGUGGGAGAAUUUCGGGAAAGCGUGACGGUGUAUGAUCUCCAAAAACCCUUCUCCUCAUUGGGGACUGUCAAGUAUGCGAGAUCGUCAGAAACCAUGGCCGCAGCUUCGCGGUUGGCAAACAAUUCCGGCAAAGCUCUCUCCAAGUAUUGCAAGUGAUGCUCUAGACAAGUUGAGAUUUUUAAGUGUGACCGAACCCUCUCUUCUUGGAGAUGCUGGUGAACUGGAGAUACGCAUCAAGCCUGAUCCAGACAAUGGGACCAUUACUAUAACAGAUACAGGUAUUGGCAUGACAAAGGAAGAGCUUGUUGAUUGUCUCAGAACAAUUGCUCAAUCAAAAUUCUUGAAGCCUUUCAAGGAGAAUAAAGAUCUUGGAGCAGUUAAUGGUUUGAUUGGUCAAUUUGGAGUCGGGUUUUAUUCAGCAUUCCUUGUUGCUGAAAAGGUAGUUGUGUCUACGAAAAGCCCAAGGUCGGAUAAGCAGUAUGUCUGCGAAGCUGUUGCUGACAGUAGUUCUUACUUGAUAAGGGAGGAGACUAAUCCUGAAAAUCUACUACGGCGUGGAACACAGAUUACCUUACUCCUGAGGCCAGAUGAUGAUAAAUUCGAACUCUCUGAGCCAACUAAAAUUCAGAGUUUGGUGAAGAAUUACUCACAUUUUGUUUCCUUCCCUAUUUACACAUGGCAAGAGAAAUCAAGGACUGUGGAGGAAGAGAAGAAGAAGAAGAAGAAGAAGAAGAAGAAGAAGAAGAAGAAGAUUAUAACAGAAGUAUUGGGAUUGGGAAUUAGCGAAUGAAACAAAACCAAUAUGUGUGUGUGUGUGGGGGGAAGAUUCUUCACCAAUAGAAUCGAAGAUGUUGGGGAUCACAUGCAAUGUGUGCAAUAAGUGAUUCAAAUAUGUUUUAAAGUGAAAGCUCCACAACAAGUCUGAAAGACAUCCGUAUCUCAACUAGAAGGUUUGUCUUCCCUAUUAGCCUUUCUUCAUUUGUCAUUCCCAUGUAUCUCCUGGAUUAAAGCUUAAUUAUGCAAAUGUGCUUCAUUUAUAUUUAUUUCUGUUGAGAACCAUGUUUAUGAGGAAAUUUAAUUGACAUGGUUAGAUUAUUGUUUGAUGGGUUAUUUGAUUUGGGUUUCUAAUGAUGAUAAAAUUGGUUGUCUAUUCCAGAAAUUUGGAUAUUCUGAGCGAUUGGCUUUUGCUUGAUGGGUAAUUUAAUGAAAAAGAAAUAUUGCUACAAGGAAGAAGCCUUCUUGUAUUCCUUUGAUGUGUUGUUGGAAAUAUUGUCAAAUAUUGAUUCAUAAUGGGUGGUUGGCUCAUUACUUUUUGGAGGUCUAACCUUUUAGAAUUAUUUUAUUAAUGUCAUGUUGUUUGUAAAUUUUAAUAUGUAAUAUAUUAGGUUAUAUUAUUGAGGUACCAAUAUUAGCAUAUGAUACUGUUUCUGCAUUAAAUUUGGAUUUUUUUUAUUUAUCUAAUUUCUUGAGCAUGACAAUGCAUGAGAAUUAUACAGAAGCAAGUUUUGAAAAAAGCUAUAUUUCUUGCCCUAUUCUUUCCUUUUAUUUUUUGUUCGAAUUUUUUUUGUGCUUAAAAUAAUUUAUUAAAAGGACAAAGAAAACAAAUUCAAAAAGUUGGGUGCAAGACAAAUUAGUGAAAAGGUAAGAGGCACUACAAAAGACAAAAGAAUACAAGAAGGACCAAAUGAUCAACCACUAAUUAAGUUUUCCAUUCCUUGGAAUGAAGGUAGGACAAGACAAAUCUUAUACGCAUAACAAAGCAUCCUUCAUUCAGAUAUGUGUUUGAAAAUUACUAUCAUUAUGGAAAGU